ACUGAAAAUCUAUAGUACACCGACAGCAAUUUUGAAACACAGCCAUAAUAUAAGUUCUUAUUAUUCGGAAAUAAAGCGGCAGGAUUUCGUUCUUACUUGGACGUUUCCGUCGAGGAGAAAUUGAGUCAAAUUUUUUGUAGCUACUUUGUUUUUUCUUUUUAGUUUUUAUCACAUUUGAAAUAUUGUCGCAAACUUCCAGGGUUACAUAUUGCCCUACAGCGUAACGCAAGUGAUAAGUUUGACAUGUAUUAUUUAUCUUAUUUUGUCCAUGUGAUAAUAAGUCUACAUUAAUAUUAAUACUGACACUAAUAUUAUGAACCGUCAUAACUCUUUUAACUCUAUUUGCUGAGAAUACUCUGUCAAUUGCCGCGUGUGACAUAAACGCAUCAAUAGGUCUGUCGUUUGUAGUCGCACUGCGUUAUUCUUUUUGUAGAAAAAUGUAUAAUUAGAUGAGGGAGGAGAAAAAGGGGGGAAAGGCAAAGAGUGCGAAACAGUUCAGUUACAAAGAGUGCAGAUUAUUAGCGCGUUAUAAAUAGCAUAAAUAAUUGUUAUAAAUUCGAAGAAGAUUUACUUUUUUAAGUUUCUCACGAAUAGAUGUAAUUAUGUUCAAAAUGGAUUUCUUUUUUAUAUUUAUGGAAAUGAGUUUAGAAUUGUAUAACAUGAGAGUGAAUUCUUUUUGAAUUCUCAAUGUUUUUAAAACAGAAUGGUUUGGAAAGAAACCCGGAAAAAAAUCUCCACAUCAAAUAGAUGAAGUUGUAUUAGAAUAGAUCUAAUUUUAUAAAUUGAUUGUGAUAAAAUUAGAUCUGCUGUCAUAUGAUUUUAUCUAACAUGAAGAUUUUUUUCCCGAAAACUUAUUUAAUAAUUCUAAAAUUUAAAAAAGUUUUUAUUCUCUUUGUUAUCUAAAUUUUCAAGUUUGAAGCAACGCGGCAAUUCUUUUUUAUAAAACUUACUUUUCAGAAAUUUAUUGUUUUUUUCCUCUCUUUUCCCUGUUUACCCAUCUAUUUAUAUAUCUCUCGUUCGAUUAUUGCUCGCACAUAUUUUAUAUUAUAUGAAACAUUACAUUGCCUUCAUUCAUGUGUCUCAAAAGAUACAUUAUCGUUUCCGCAGGUGUGCAUUCUACUUUUCAAUGAAUUCAUGAUGCAAUACAAACGGGGACAUUCGUAAGACGUAAAAUCUAAGGAAAUAUCGCCGAUUAUUACCCUACAAGAGUUUGAUUGUAUUUGCGUUGUCUUUAUUUGAGUGGAAUUGCUGAACGUGUAUGUUAGAGUCUCAACAAAGAACAAUCAGACGAGGAGUCAGCCGCAGAAAUGCUGAAUCUCGAUGCGAUCGAUUUCGGCAUUGCAUCAUCCGUCGUUUCAGCGAGGGAUGAGGAAGACCGUGAAGUAUUGACGUAGCAAAAAAAAAAACCAAAUUCGCGAGUGGAUUGCUCCCGUGUUUCGCGUUACUCUUGACUCUUCGCAGAAGAAUCCCUUCGGAGAAGGAGUCCGCCUCUGAUUGCCUCGGAUUUCGGAAUCAACCCAAAAUUUCGGAGCGAGCGCGCCCCGCCGCCAAUGGGCGCGCGUGUACACGCGCGGCCACCGCUAGCGUCGCGUCAGUUCGAUCGCCAAGCGGCGAAUUGUUGUCAAAGGGUAGGAGGUGGUGAUGGUAGUAGUGGUGGUGGUGGUGAUGGUGAUGGUGGCGGUGGUGACUGUGAGCGUACCGGCGAGUAUUAAGCAGCGGAGUAACGGCAGUUCGGCAAUUGCGGCCCGGCACGUAAGUCACGCACGUGUAUCCAUCGCGUGAGACGCUCCUUGCCACGUGGUGAUACGCGAGCGUGCGCGCGCGCGCGCGUGCUUCUCUCUCUCUCUAUCUCUCUCUCUCUCUCUCUCUCUCUCUCUAUCUCUCUCUCUCUCUCUUUUGGAGGGUUCUUCCGCCCUCGCUUAUCUUCCGCAGCUUCCGCCUCUCCUCCGCCUUGCCCACGUGCGUCACGCUCGUUUCACGUACUCGUGGUGAAUACCCAUGCGGCACGCCGUCGCGGCAACCGUCGCCCGAGUGCUCCGAGUCGUCGCGUGCAGGAAACGCGUGUGACAUUCGCGUACGCGCGCGCGGGCGCGCGCGUGCUCCGAUUUCGAAGAGCGCUUUGAGUCCGAACGGAAGAUGCCGGACAAGGUAGCGCCGGCGGAGAAGCCGGUCCUGCGGCCCGACGUGACAACGGCCGCGAAACCCAACGGCGACAGCGAGGGCAUCAAGUUGAAGAAGGAACUGGGCCUGUGGGACGGCGUGGCGAUCAUCGUCGGCAUCAUCGUCGGCGCCGGUAUCUUCGUGUCGCCCAAAGGCGUACUUAGGAACAGCGGCAGCGUCGGCCAGGCCCUCAUCGUCUGGAUUUUCUCCGGGGUCCUGUCGCUUAUCGGAGCCCUAUGUUACGCCGAGCUCGGUACGAUGAUACCCAAAUCCGGCGGCGAUUACGCUUACAUCAGCGAUGCCUUUGGACCUUUACCGGCGUUCCUCUACCUCUGGGUGGCCUUGUUCGUUUUGGUGCCAACAGGGAACGCGAUCACAGCACUUACGUUCGCACAAUACAUACUGCAGCCCGUAUGGCCGGGAUGCGAGCCACCAUAUGCAGCGGUGCGACUACUUGCCGCUGUGAUUACAUGUCUGUUGACUGUCAUUAAUUGCUACAAUGUCAAAUGGGCGACCAGGGUGCAGGACAUAUUCACCGGCACUAAAAUCUUUGCUUUGCUGAUCAUCAUGGGGGCCGGUUUAUGGUGGCUCUGUAUGGGCCACACGGAGAACUUCCAGCAUCCGAUGGCCGGUACCAACACCCAGCCCGGUUACAUCGCACUGGCAAUUUAUUCCGGAUUGUUCUCCUAUUCAGGCUGGAAUUAUCUCAACUUUGUGACGGAGGAACUCCAAGAUCCUUACAAAAAUCUUCCGAAAGCGAUUUGUAUAUCACUACCGCUGGUGACAGUGAUUUAUGUUUUUGCUAAUAUCGCUUACUUCGUCGUACUCACGCAGGAUGAAAUACUCGCGUCGAAUGCCGUCGCUGUUACCUUUGGUGAUAAAUUGCUGGGUGUUAUGUCGUGGAUUAUGCCGUUCUUCGUGGCAUGCUCGACCUUCGGAGCGUUGAACGGUGCGAUCUUUGCGUCGUCCAGGUUGUUCUUCGUCGGCGCCCGAAACGGACACCUCCCCACUGCCAUUGCCCUCAUUAACGUCCGCAACUUGACACCGAUGCCAUCCCUCAUUUUCCUCUGCAUUAUCACCCUGGUACUCCUCAUCAUAGAGGAUGUCUACGUACUAAUAAAUUAUGUCAGCUUCGUUGAGGCUGUAUUUACCACACUCUCCGUAUCUGGUCUCCUAUGGCUACGUUACAAAAAGCCCGAUCUCCAUCGUCCGAUAAAGGUUUCUAUAGUAUUGCCAAUUAUUUUCUUCAUAAUCUGCGCAUUCUUGGUCACCUUCCCGUGCUAUGUCUCACCAUGGGAAGUAGGCAUAGGCAUGAUCAUAAUUCUAUCUGGCAUUCCUAUGUACUGUAUCUUCAUUGAUUGGAAAUCGAAGCCCGCCUGGCUGACUAAUGCGUCUCAUAAUUUCAACAUGAUGUGCGCGAAACUAUUCAUGUGCGUGCAAGAAGACAAGACGGCCUAAGUGCGCAAGACUCGUAGUAAUGAUUAUGAAAAAUUUCAAACUCUGUGAACAUCAAAAUUUAAGAGUGCAUUCCACACGCGUCGUACUUUCUCUUAGGUAGGUAGAAUAUAGUUGUGAAUAUAUAUGCAAAUACAAUGUCGAUCAUUGCCGUUUAUCGAGCAACCGCAUAAUUGCAUAAGUAUUAAUGAUAUGAAUGCGCAAACGAGCGACACAUUGUCGACUUGUAAUUUUUAUAUUAUAUAUAUAUAUAUAUAUAUAUAUAUAUAUAUAUAUCAGAAGUAAUUUUGAUACAUAUAUAUUCAUGAUUAUUUAUUAUUUAAUGAGUGUCUAUACGCGCUAUUGCUAUAGUCUAUUAGCAUGUAAAUUGCAUUCAAGUGCCAAUUCUUGAUACUGCCCGGAGUAUUCGAAAUGUAUGUUUCAAAGAUACAUUUAGGAUAAAUAUUUAAUGAUUUUGUAAUCUGUAUACACACAUGCCACAUUUUCAUUGGCUAUGCUGGAUUACGUAAACAUAAUAUAUAAAAAUAAUAGAGCUAUAUUUAUUAAGGCAUAAUAAAAAGGCUAAAAGAUCGAGCAAGAUUAUUAAGUCAUGUCGAGAAAACCGGUAUAAUUUUAAUGCGUUCAACUUUUUAAGAAUCUUAUGUCAAUUAUAGCGUUUUAUUUAUUUGCAUUUACGAGGACUACUAUGUACUUUGUAGGCACUCAAAUUUGAAUUCAAUAAAAUUAUACUGAUUUUGAUUCUCGAUUUGUAUAUAGCAAAAUAAUGCGACAUCUGUACACAUUGCAUACACAUAAAUAUAGUCGAUAAAAAGUUUACACGGGAUAUAUAAAGAAUUUUGCUUUGAUUAUUAGUUAUGCGUACAAUAUUAUCUAAUUUUGAUAUAAUUAUUAAUCUAUUAAUUAGAUCAAUUUUAUUCUAAUGUAAAAGGAUCCUAAGGAAAUAGAUCUUUUUUUACUUUUAAUUAUUUACAGCGUAUAUGUAUAUCUUUUAUUUUAAAUUAAUUAUCUGUACAAUAUUUAUUAAUCAUUAAUAUGUUCACAGUUCACUAAUCUUGAAAAUGAAAUAUCGCCGAUAAAAAGACAUAAUGUUAAAAAAGAUGUUUAUAUCGUUGUCUGGAACACUUUAUUGCCUCUUAAAACGUAUGAAUGAUAUUCUUGAGUUUUUUCGAAUAUGGACUACAAAUGCGUCGAGUAUCGUUGCCUAAAUGAUAUUUGUAUUCUAAUCAGAUAAUUGCUCAAGUAUCGAUAGAAAAUCACCGCGUGGAAUAAAACUGUAUUCGAUAAUGACUGAUCAUGUGCCUUAUAAGUGAGCAAUUAGAUAAUACAUAUUCUGUACAACAGAAUAGGGUUUUUGUACAGAAUGCAUAAUGAUUAAGUUAUACUAAUAAUGUAUGAAUAAGAAUAGAUACAUAUGUAUGUACACCUUGAAGGAACUUAUAAAAACAAAUAACAAAUUUUUGAAUAGCAA